GUGCAGAUAAAAUUUUAUUACAGUCUGUGAAUUUUAUAAGUCUAAAAUAAAACAAAACGAUUUAUAUAGUAAAACUCCUUAAAAAGUCUGUCUGUCUUCAUUAAAAACUACAUUUAUUUAGUGAAAUAUUUAAGGAAAUAUUUUAAUCAAAAAGUAGAAGAAGCAGAUUAACCUUUUCAAUCUGUGUUCCAUCAGACUGUACCACUUAAACAUAUUUAUUAUAUAUGUUUAUUACUAUGAAAUUUUCUGUUUGAUAACCUGCGGUAUCUUAUUUAUAUUUAAAUUAUUAAGAAUAUGGAUCAACCACGGCCGUGCGGUUGCAAAGGCUGCAGGACUUGUUUGUUGUGCGAAAAGGACUAUGACAUAAUCAAGGAGUCUACACUAAAUUUGAACAACGGUACCUACAUUUAUUGUCCAUUGUGUAACAAAGCUUGGCCUGGCUGGGACACUGAAGAUUAUAAACUGCAUCCGAACCAUCAGGGUGAGCCCAUCGACUAUCCUGGCAUAUACAUGGACUUGGAUUUUCUGUCAGUGGAAGAAGAAUCAAAGCUGAUUGAAGACCUGGAUUCCAUGCCAUGGGACUUGUCACAAAGUGGAAGGAGGAAACAGAACUUUGGACCAAAGUGCAACUUCAAGAAACGCAAAUUGAAAUUAGGUGAUUUUAAGGGCUUCCCUAGGUCAACAAAGUUUGUACAAGACAAAUUUAAAUCAACCUCAAUGCUUAAAGACUUCCAGACCAUUGAACAAUGUUCCCUGGAAUAUGAUCCUUGCAGAGGUGCUUCCAUUGAUCCACAUGUUGAUGACUGUUGGAUUUGGGGUGAAAGAAUUGUCACUGUUAAUUUGUUAGCCGACUCAGUUUUAACUAUGACUUACAAUGAUAAACCCACAAGAUAUAAUUUGGAUUGUGUGUCCAAUUAUCCAUCAGUGUUAGAUGGAAGUGGAAACUUUGCAAAAGAUAAAUGCUACACAGUACAGCCCCUGAUGGAUGGACAGAGACAUCCAGUAGUUAGAAUUCCAAUGCCGAGAAGAUCCUUAUUGAUAAUGUAUGGUGCUGCAAGAUAUGACUGGGAACACCAAAUAUUAAGAGAAGAUAUCACAUCCAGAAGAGUCUGUCUAGCAUAUAGAGAGUUUACUCCACCUUAUUUGGGUGAAAACAGUGAAGAUACUGCUAAAUUUGUGUUAUUAAAAGCAAAGGAGUUUUGGGACACAGAAGUUAACUAAAACGUAUUUUAUAUAUAUAUUGAUUGUUGAAAGUACCAAUUAAAGUACCUUUAUUGGUAUCUCCAUUAUUAAAUAUAUUUUUAUAAAAUUGAUUUCUACCAUAAUGUAUUAAUAAAAAAUUGUAUUACCUA